GUUCGGGACUUGUUGCAGCCUCUGUUGCACCCGGCGCUGCGACCUCUCGGCGCAGUGCUGGAGCACGGUUCGACCCACGUCUGUGGGCGGACAAGUGCGACGCCCGCAGCCACCUCUGUGGCGCGGACGUCGCGGCGCGGUCCCUGCUGCACGCCUCGCUACUGUAUCUAGUAGCACAAAAGACGCUGCGAAGCAGCGCAGAUACACUUUAUACAGAGCCGGAGUUGUUCCACCACUGUGAAGGGUGUCGUGGCCUUUUGUUGAGAACAUACGGACUAGAGCAGCGGCCCCAUGCGGCCGCAGAACUGCGGGGAUUUGGGAAGUAGUUUGUGUUCGCCUCACGAUGAUCACCAAGAUGCUACCCAAGUCACAUCAUGGAUCAGGUACCAACAGGGCGGAAGCCGAAGCGGUGAAGAGAAACACGCAUUACG